AGAUUUCCGUUUUUUUCUUUUGCAAGAUAGAACAGGCUUCCGGAAAGAUUGCAAAUGACUUGUCAGGGUUAAAUAGGGAAGUUGAUAAGCAGGAACACAGCUGCCUUGCCAAAGUUACCAUUUCAUUUGGUAGCGUAGCCCAUAUCUCAUUGGUGAAGGAGACACAGGCUGUUAAAAAUGGGAAACAAAACAACAAAAACGUCAACAACUACAAAACCCACAACCAAAACGACAACUACAACUACAAGCACAACGACAACUACAAGCACAACGACAACUACAACUAAAAGCACAACGACAACUACAACGACUACCCUGACAACUCCUCCUCCAACCACAUCCGACGCGCAGAAUUACGGGUUAUUAACCACAAGGGAUAAAGCAUUGGUUGGACUUUCCUGUGCAGUGUUGAUUGUCAUGCUGGCGAUUGUGAUUGUAUAUUUCAUCAAGAGGAAGAGAAAAAAGAACGUAACAUUAGAAGAUGGACCGAUCCAAGACAGCAGUAGAAAGAAUUCUUUGAAACUGGAGGAUAUCAUCUACGCAAAUAUUGAUUGUGAGAAUCAGGAGCCACACAACAAGCCAGAAGUGACUUACACUGAAAUAAAAACUAGCAAAAAUCUGAAGGCAAAAUCCAUUCCACCAGAAACCACAGAAUAUGCAGAAAUAGUGCUAAAUAAAUCCAAAGAGGCAACGAGCUAACCCUCUACGGGCACCGUAGCGCUUCUGUAAGGAUUUAAAAGCAUUUAUGUGCAUUGUGAGCAGUGCCAGAUUCCAGCACUUACAAUAUCAUACAAUGCAGUACAUUCACAGUUUUAUUACACCAUCAUACCCCUGCUUCCAGAAUGAUGUUUUCUCUGACUCCGCAUGGCUACUUGUUGAAAUGUCUUCAACCUCUCCUCAUGUUUACUUGAUACAAGCCUGUUUCUCUAGGUGAGAUAUUUUAUUUCCCCCUGUGGGAUCACA